AUGGAAGACGGUGACCCAAGUCAAUUCAGUAUAUUAGGUAUGGGAACGCCAUUAGGCCAUUCAAUUCAGUGGUGGUCAAACGGGGGAACUCAGGCGGUGCAGGCGGGCAAUGUGUUGUAUGUUUCUGGUUCUUUAGGCCUAGAUGAGAAGACGAUGAAACCGGUCGAGGGCGGAGCAGCGGCUGAGGCUAGGCAAUCGCUAAAAAACAUCCAUGCAAUACUUAAACAUGCUGGCACUUCAUUCGAUAAAAUUGCGAAGACCACAGUAUUGCUGAGUGAUAUUAACAAUGCUAAGUUUGUAAACGAAGUCUAUCAAGAAUUUGUAAAAGAACCGUAUCCAGCCAGGUCUACUUAUCAAGUGGCUAAAUUACCAUUGGACGCACUUGUGGAAAUCGAAGUGAUCGCUAUCGUCGAAUAAUGAUUUGUGAAUUGUCACCAUAAAUUCCGAGAUUAUAAUUGCUAUUUUAAUAAGGCAAUUAUAAGAUAUUAAAUAUUGUUAAAUGUCAAGUACAAUUUGGACAAGUAGAAAUAAUAGAAUCAUUACCUAUA